GCGGACUAACGACAUAUACAUACAUAGCUCUCAUCGAUCACUUUUAUUUUAUAACUUUUCGCUCCAUAUUAUAGAAAAUACACCCGGAUCUGGUCUUUUUAUAGACUGCACAAAGCUAAGGCAUGAACUGCGAAGGGUCCAUAGUUAUCCGCGCAAAGGGUUGCGGUCGCGAGGCCACCGUGUCGCUGCGCCAAAAGGAACUGAUCCGGAACCUGCGUGCCCUGGUGGCCGUGCGCUUCGAGCAGGCUAUAGCCCGCAUCGUCCUGGUCUUUGCCGGCCAGGUGUUGCGUGACGUCGGCACCAUCGACAGCAAGGGCAUCGUCUCCGGGGUCACGGUUCACGUGGUUUGCCGAGCGGAAGUGCCCGACCGUACAUCUCCGACGUCGAGCCCGGUCACCAUCAAUAUCACAAAGACUCCGGCGGUGCGCGAGGGCCUUAUGAGGUCGUUGUAUUCGGCCAACAUGGCCUACUUCGGGCUCAAUGAGCCCGGUGUGCUGCGGAACCUGCUGCAGGCUGAUCCGCGGAUCCGGAGCCUGAUCGAGGAGAACGCGACGAUGCGCCACUAUCUGAACAGCGACCAGAACCUGCGCGAGAUGCUCUCGAUGGCCUUCAGUCCGGCCAAGAAGGAGUUGGGACGCCGCCGCGACCUCUACAUAUCGCGCUUGGAGUUCGUUCCCGGAGGGUACAGGAUGCUGGGCCGCCUAAACUAUUUCAUGCUCCAGGCCUACGAGGACAACGUGGCCAUGUCUUUUCAGCAGGCAUCGCAGGGCGCCAAAGGGGGCUCGAACCCCCAGCGAGGUCGCGAAAACAAGGAUCCACUCCCAAACCCCUGGCGACGCUCCCCCGCACCCCCCGCACGCCUGGAGCUAAGGGGAAUGGGCAUCUUCGCUGGACGGAUCCCCGUGAACCAAAGUGGCAGUGGCAGUAGCAGUGACAGUGACAGUGGCCUCGAUGGCAGCCAGGAAAAGUCCCAAAAGCGGCCGACCACUUCUGCACCACAGAUCAAGCGAGCUGACUCUCCUCGCCGCGAAGAAGGUCGCUGGGAUUGGUGCUACAAGGUCCAGUUGGAGCAGCUGGUCCAGAUGGGUUACCAGAACCGGAAUCGCAACAUUCGCGCCCUUCUGAUCUCCCUGGGCAACGUUGACAGCGCUGCCCGACUACUGGACCACUGGGAUCGGUCUGUGGAGAAAUGAACUUUGUUUUGCGGUGCUUUCGUUAUGUUUUGUUUUUGGGGAAAUGUCUGAGAAUUUGUACACCGAUUAAAAACUGCAAAAUAUAGAACUUAAAUACUUA